CAAUGCGGAAGUUUGCAGACCAUGUCUUCAAUGGAAGUGUUUGGCUGCUUCUCUCGCAGUCGUUCGAUUAUUUGAGACACUCUCUCCAUGGUAGAUACUUAAGGCAGUCUGCAAAAAGAUUUUGACGUACAAUGGCAAGUAAUCCCCAAAAUAACUCCUUACAAACUGCCGAUGUAGACUGCAGAACAGACCCUGAGAACGACACUGCAGAAAUUACCAAGCCUGGUACUGCCAGUAUCUCAGUUGAACAAGAGUCUAAAGUCACUGAUACCAGCAUACAAAAUGCUAACAAAGAAGAAUCCUCCAAUGUGGCUGGGUCUCAGGAAGGUCAAUCUUUAACAGAACAACAAGAUGAACGAGCAACAGACCCACCCAUUUCUUUCAAUGUCAAAUCUUCUUUGAACAAGAAGGACUUGGUGGAUCGUAUCAAAGGUGUCAUUUAUGGAAACUGUAUCGGAGAUGCUAUAGGACUUUUAACAGAGUUUAUGACUAAAUCUGAAGCUGCAGAGAUUUACAGUCGCAGAGGCAUUGUAAAUAAAGACAAGGGAUAUUUCAGUACAAGUCAGAAAAGGAUACAUUUGGAAUAUGAAAUGAAGAACAAUGAUUCUCAUCGGAGGAAAUGGGAAACUGGAGACUGGACUGAUGACUCAGAUCAAAUGAUUUUGAUUUUGCAGUCUCUGUUGGACAACAAAGGAAAGAUGGUCCCCCUUGAUUUUGCCAAAAAAAUGAAAUAUUGGAGCAGGAGGGGUUUUCCAGAGCUGGGUGAUAUAGGUGGAAUGGGAAUUGGCAGCACUACACGCCGUGUUUUACAUCAUCCUGACUUUCUUACUGAUCCACACAAGGCAGCCGAGUACGUUUGGGAUUCUUCAGGUCGCUUUGUAGCUCCAAACGGAGGUGUCAUGCGCACUUCAAUUCUAGGGGUCCAUAACUUUGGUGACAUUUAUGCAGUGAUAGAAAACACCAAGGCGGCUUGUAAAGUCACCCAUGCAGACCCAAGAUGUAUUGCGUCUUGUGUCGUUGUGACAACAGCCAUUGCAAUGAUGUUGCAAGGAAAGUGCUUUGUGGAGGAGUCUGGAAGCUAUGACGUUGAGGCAUUGAUAGAGACGGCUUGUAGUUAUGCCAGUGCUACACUUGAAACUGAAGAGCAGGAAGAGGGUUUGAAAAAGCACGUGUUUGCUAAGUCAUUGAAAAAUCUACAACUUGACGGACAUGGCAAAAUAGGCUACACUUACAAAUGCUUAGGCGCUGGAAUUUGGUCAUUGAGGCAAGAUGAUUUUCGUGCUGCUAUAGAGGAUGUGGCAUUUGAGGCUGGAGACGCUGACACAAAUGGCGCUGUAGCGGGGGCGCUGUUAGGCUGUAAACUGGGUGCCAGUAAACUGCCGGAGUCUUGGCUCAAUAACUUGCUAAAUAAAGCGUGGCUAGAUGAGAAGAUUGAGAGGUUCCUGGCUCUACUUGGUCUGAGUGAGUGAAGAAUGAAAAACAGCGCUUUAUUGGACACUUAAAAUCCAAUUUUGGAUUCUCUUCAAAAGUACUUCAUAUUAGAUCCGAGCUGAUAUUUCUAAAAUUUAAAGGGGAUAUGUUUUCUUAACUUUUGACAUAAUAUUGUUUUUGUUUUUGGAUUAUUAUGGAAUGCGCAUUGAUACUAUUCAUAUGUUGAUUUGCGCAGUACAAGCCCUAAAUUAUUAUUUACAUUUCAAAUUUUAACUUAUAGGUGUAAAAAAUAAAGAGAUCAGUGCCUGCGCUAGAAAAUCAAACAGUUUUAGCUUCAUGUUAAUGUUCUAACACACCUGCACACCCACACACAUCCACCCCCCUGAGAAGUAUUAUGACAGAAGUCAUCAAACUCAGGUAACAGUUUAAGUAUGUUCCCUAAAAAUGGAACUAAAAAUGCUAGAUUAAUGGGGGACAAAAUACGUAAGUAGAGCACUCCCAAAUAUAUAUGGAGAUGUAGUUAGUGUAUGAAUAUAUUAAUAAAACUCUGGACGUAACCCAAAGGCAAUUAUGAAAUCAAAU